AUGGAGAUAAAGAUAUUAGCGCUAAGUUUACUUCAGCUGGCGGUAGCGUCGCCGGUGUUGCAAGACCUCAUGGUGGCAGAUGAUACGCAAGCUGUGGGCACCUACAUUAGACCGGCUAGGUCUGCUGGGCCUGAAGAUUACCACAGAUCAUACGAAAAUGAAGGUGACGGUGAGAUAGGUUACUCGCGAAAGAAGACCGGUGGCGGCAAGAAGGGCUAUCAGCAUUUCGACUCGUACCACAAAAAGGCUGGGGAUAACUAUGAGUUUGAGAAACAGGACUCCUAUGGCCUGGACGACGAGGGACAGGCUGGUGCCCACAGCCAUCAGAAUGAGAGGAAAGCUGACGAGUAUCGUGAACCAGAAAAUGAUGAAGAACAUGAAGCAGAGGAAAGACCAAAGAAGAAGAGCCAUGAGGAAAUCAGAGAAGGACCCAAUGAUCACAAUAUAGAAGUUUCUGGGCAUGAUCCAGCUGAUUAUACUCUACCAGAAAAAUAUACGUAUGGUACAGGAGAAGAAUAUAAUUUUAAGUAAAUAAUUGAAUAUCAAACAUCAAAGUAAUAGACUUUGAAUAUUAUAUACAAUGGCAAAAAUAUAAGACUUAUAAUUGUUUGAUUUAUUGCGCUGGUACCAAAGAAGAGAU